AUGAGUAUUAUCGAUCCUGGUUACCAGCGAACACUUAACGUUAUCAAAUGGCAACGCAAAUAUUCACGCUACAUUUACUACUUGAAAAAAAAAAAAAACCUGGAUAUAACGUCACACAAUAUGGAUAUGUUUGUAUUCCAUGUCAUUGUAAUCAAAGGCAAUCCAGCUAUGACUAACCCACCCUUCUUUUUCAAGCAUACGGAAGAGGACAGUUUAAGUGGUCGCUGCCCAAACGGAAGUAGUGUCUCAAGAAUCUCGCCGGGAGACCGGAAGCGACAACUGUCAAUACAGUCACAUGGACAAAUACAGAAUAAAGUUUCAUCACCGAGUAAAGGCUGCAAACGGGUUCGCACAAUUUUCACACCAGAACAACUUGAACGAUUAGAGUAUGAGUUUAGCCGGCAACAAUAUAUGGUAGGGACAGAAAGGUACUACUUGGCCGGCAAGCUAGAUCUGACAGAAGUCCAGGUGAAGGUCUGGUUCCAGAAUCGACGAAUCAAAAUGCGAAAGCAGCAACAGGAGGCAAUGAAAGCCCAUUACACACAAUGCCGUUUCAUGGCGGAGACAGACAGUGAAGAGGAAGACGAGGAGGGUGAUGAGGAUGACGAGGAAGAGGAUGAUGAAGGGGGAGGUGAAAGGGUUGCAGAGGGGGAAGAGGAAAGGCGAGUGGAGGAUCAGAGAAUGGAGGAGAUGGCAGAGAGAGGUGAUAGAGUUAACCGUAUUCACAGCAACAGUAACAGCAGCCAUAGUAGUAGUAGUAGCAGUAGUAGUAAUAGUAGUGGUGGUGGUGAUGGUGGGAGUUGUAACAAUAGCAACAACAACAGCAAUAACAACAACGAUAUUAGAAGCAGUAUGAACUAUAUCAAUAACAGCAACAACAACAAUAUCUAUAAUGGUAACAACAAAACCAACAUCAACUCCAGUUUUAGUAGUAGUAGUAGUAGCAGUAGUAGUAGUAGUAGUUAUAACAGCGACAACAGAGUCGUCCAUCUCAACAACAGUAGUAGCAACAUCAGAAACAGCAACGUCAUAAAAAAUAGCAACGACAGUAUGUAUAGCAAUAGCAACAACAAUAGCAACAGAAGGUUAUGAAGAUCUAUUUGGUGCGAUCUGGUUCUUUUGUAGAAGCGAAAUACGAUGCAUGAAUACACUGGAAGAGGAGUGGUUGAACUAUAUCAAUGCAAUAGCAACAACAGCAGCAACAACAAUAACGACGGCAGCAAGAACAACAAUAGCAACAAUUGAAUGCGAUUGCAACGGAAAUAAGAGCAGCUACAACAAUAAACAACAACAACAACAGUUGGAACUAUACUAACAAGUACAGCAAUUGCGAGAAAAAGAAUAACUACAGCAAGGCGGCGAACUGGCAGAAACGUUAGCACGCCGGGCGAAAUGCGUAGCCGAAUUUCGUCUGCCCUGAGUUCAAAUUCUGCCGAGGUCGAC